AUGAAUAGAGGAAAUCCGAAAUAUGGAAGACGACAGAAAAGAAACAAUAAGAGAAAGAAUAGUAAGAUUAAUUUAAGAAAAAGGAGUCUCGAAAGAAUAAAGGAGAAUGACAGCAAAGAAAAAGUUGAAGUUGAAGAAAAUAUUGUAAUACAAGAAAAUAACGACGUCGUUGAGGCCAAGAAUAGAGAUGUUCCAGCUUCUCCCGUUAUAGAGGAGAAAGCAGCGGAAGUAGAAGUUUCAGAAGACGUCGCUCUAACUGAAAUCGACGGACCACCAAAUUUAGAAAUGCCAUCAUUUCGAACGCCACCAUCGUCUGUAUUUUUCACAUAUAAUCCUCCAUCAUCGUUCACACCAUAUCCGCCGCCACCCCCACCACUACCACCAGUACACCAAUCACCACAACAAUUUCAAUAUUUUCCAUCUGUGCAACGUCAACCUCAAUAUUUUCAACCACUACCACAACAACAUUAUGUGCCCAUUAAAAAUGAAGCCGAUGAGUUUGUCGCGAUUGAUAUCAAAGAGUCUAUAAUAAAUAUGGAGAAGCGUGAUGCAUCAUUAUAUUUUGAGAAAAUGUUUGGCGGAUUUUUGACUGGAAUCAACCCGUUGUAUCGGUUGGGUUGCGAUGUGAAACUCUGCGAUACCUUCGACGGCGAGGAAAUUCGAAAUGUCUUCGAUAAACUCAUCGCUGUAGGCCUGCGCAAUGCCUGGCCAUUCGACGACCCGACACUGGUUGUAACCGAUGACGAACUUCGUCGCAUUUUUACGAGCAUUUACGCCGAGGUCAAGGUUUGUUUCUUCGUUGCGGGACUUCAACGUGGAUACAUGUGCAAAAUGAUGUAUCAAAAAACACUUAAUGAGGAAUAUUUCAACGGAAUCGACGUAAUAAAAGAAUUGAAAUUUUUCGAUGCGAUUUGCAAGAAAAUCGCAACCAAAUUCCCGAAAAUCGAUGAAUUGGGAAUCGAUAAGGAUUGUCGAAAAGUAUUUGACCUUCUUUUGCCAAAUUUACUUGAAUUUAACACGGAAGUGUUAUACGCGAAUGGAGUUAAUGAUGAACUCGCUUCUCUUUGUGAUCGAAAAUCGAAUGGAUUCGAGGUUUCUGAAAGCGAUAUUGAUGAGAUGCUCGAGUGGAGUUUGAAAGAGAAAGGAUUUGGCGAUUUCCCACCAACUGCUUACAAUUACCCGGAAUUAUUCACCACAAGAAAACAAUUCGAUAAGUAUGUUGAAGCGAAUCCAGUUGCAAUUCCAUUAGAUAUUUACGAUUACAGAAUUUUCGAGGUUCUCGAUAUCAUGCAAGCCGUAACUGAUAUUCGAGUUAAAAUUAGUGCUGCCAGGGCAAUUACAAAUAUUCUGAAAUGUUUGAGUCCGGAAGAGCGAAAUGAGAUAUUCACGUUGCACAAAGACGCGCGGAAGUUCACGAUGUCGUCGAUGCUCGGAUGCGAAGCCGUCAAAUUUGAAGUCGAGCCGCUUGUUGAAAACCGAUGCAAAUACUUUAAGAUGUUUUAUCCGAUUCUUGGCGUUGAGAAGCCGAAUGAAAAUAGCGAAAUUGAUCCAUUCGACCUCUCAUUUGUUCUUAUGUACUUGUACAUGAAACAUAUAACUGUUGAGGUUAACCACAUUAUUUUCAAAUUGCUUUCGCUAAAAUUGAACAAAUCCACUGAAAAUGAUAUCAAAGCUGUUAGACAAGCAAUUCAUUUGUUGCCGGAUUCUUUGAAAUCUCAUUUGGAACUCUGCCAGCCGUAUUCAGAAGGUGAUGAAUCGCGAGAAGUUCCCAUGACCAGCAUGUACUUUCAAGUGCUUCAUGUUCUUCGCACUGAAAAAGAAGAACGCAUUUUCCCGAAAUUCUGCACAUUUUUGAAAAAUCUAAUCCGCGAUUUGGCUCUUCUUGCUCUUCAAAAAUAUACCAUUCCUGAUGAGAAAUUUCAAACGGAAAAAUAUGAUUUUAUUUCAUAUAUUCUGAAACAGUGUUUUCAUAUUUGUCAUACCAACAAAAUUACACUCGACAUUGAAGAUUUCUUGGAGAAAUGGAAAGCUCUGAAUCAUCCGUGGUUCGUUAUGGCUAAUUUGACAUACGCCGAGUCGUUCUGCUAUAUGCUCGAUUAUCCCAUACAAUAUCCAUGGAAGAAUGAUCAUUGGGAUGAGAAGACCGAAGAAUCGGAAAAGACGGAUGCGAAGAAGUACGCGAGAGUUGUCGAAGUGCUCACUGCCUGGCCGAUUAAUGCGGUCGGACAGAAGAAUACUUCGAAGAAGAAUAAAAGCUUUUUGGCAUACAUUGUGAAACAUGUUGUUCCGGAAAAUGUCGAUCGGGCGGAGCUUUACAAUGCGAUGGAUGAGUUCGUUGGAAAAAUGACGGUUCGCGAGACUUUGAAGCCAGUUUUAUACAAUGAAAUUAAUAAGGCGCGAAGUUAUACGAAUGGAAACGAGUAUGUGAUGUCCGAAGACAUUGCUAGUAAUGAGGAGGCGGAGUCGCAGGAAAAUUCUCAGGAAUGCGAAAUUGUCGAGGAAGAUGAAACUCAGAAGGAAGUGACCGAAGAUGAGGAGGAGAAGGAACAGAAGAAAAAAGAAAUUUCCACCAAUGAGGAAGAAAAUGAGGCUUCUUUUUACCUGACAUUGAAAGAUUUGACUGAUUCUAAACCGGAUGAAGUAGAAGCAUUGGAAUCUGAAGAUAGUAAACCCAAAAUUGAGGGUGAGCAAAUAUCUGAGCCUGAAGUCGUCGAGAUAGAAGAGCAGCCCGAAGAGAAACACGAUAAACAACCGACGGAAGAAGGUAGUAGUGAAUAG